UAAAGUGGGUUACUAGCGUUGGAUGAAGCUUAUGGUUGGGCCAAGAUAAACGUUUGUCCCGAGCCGACUUCCCCUACGUCCAACCCGUGACUCCACCCAAGAGGCUUGGAAGCGGGAAUAAGUCUUGACUGCAUUUUGUGGUGAGAGAGGUAGUCUUGGCGUGCUCUGAGAGAAAGCAUAUAUACUUGAUUAAUACCCCUAGCAUACACUGCCACAUUCGAUGCUAGCACCACCUACAAGCAUUGGUUCCAGAUCACUAGCCUCAACAUCAAAGUCAGACAAGAUUCGAGACCAUCAAACACACUCUACUAUCAGCCAAGACCCCAACGUCGUCACAUUUACCACUCAGUCCCCGACCAUCCUGCCGAUGACUGACUACAACAAACAACGCAUCGACGCACAAGACUUGACUUCAAGGCUUGAUUCGUUCGAACACCAAUCCAACAGCUACUUCACCACCAAGACCAAUGGAGAUACCACCUCCGAUUCAGUUCUGUCCCAGCGAUGUGCCCGAUCCACCUCUAUUGACAGCGGCAUCAUGCCCCGUUUCACCAAAUCAGCAACAACGUCCACAACGGGCACCAACGACUCGCAGUACUCGCAGUACUCUGGUCUCCGCGUCAUGCAUGCUGAGCCCAGCUCCAAGACCCACGCUGAAAGUGUCGGCGUCGCGCCAGGAGAGUUCAGCAAGCCGCGCGUUCACAAGCGCAGCCGCAGGAACACCCAAAACAGCGUUGGCAGUGGCAGGAGUGCGAAGAGCGAGGAGCCCAAGGAGUUCAAGUACUAUGGCCGACACAGCAACCAAUGGCUCUUCAAUGACUUUAGCGUCACUGACGCUGUGUCCAAGGGCUUCAAGAGGGUCUUCAGCAACAACGGUAGCAAGGAUUGGUACGAGGACAGGGACCGUUAGAUGUGGCAUUCAGAGAGAGACUGCUUCAAGCAAAGGGACUGGACACUCGUUCCGCCACGUCGAGGGAAGGCAAGAGGCGCGUUUGGAGGAGGAGACAUGUAUUGAACAACAAUACAACCACUCACAUCAUCACCACAAUUCACUCUUGUCCGCGUGUAGUUUGCUAACAGAAGGACUCUUCCAUAGCCC